AUGAUCGAAUUAGGAUUGAGCCGUGUUGCGAGUCUGCUACAGCAGACUCCGCUCACAUGGAAAGCCAUUCAUAUUGCUGGGACUAAUGGCAAAGGGUCAAUCAGUGCCUAUCUAUCUCACCUCCUUGCGACCGGCGGAGUACGGUGUGGACGAUUUACUUCCCCGCAUUUAAUCGACCGAUGGGACUGCAUCACAAUCGGCGAGAAAGUGGUUCAAGAAUCACUGUUCCGUCGGAUCGAAGAUCAGGUCAAACUCCGGGAUCAAACAUUGGGCAUCGGAGCCUCCGAAUUCGAGUUGCUGACUGCAACGGCCUUCGAAAUAUUCAACCAUGAACGAGUCGAUGUGGGUGUCGUGGAGGUGGGAAUGGGCGGCCGUCUCGAUGCGACCAAUAUUCUGAACAAUGUUCUUGUCUCGGUGAUUGCGAAGAUCGGGAUGGACCACCAAGCUUUCCUGGGGUCCACGAUCGGAGAGAUUGCACGCGAAAAAGCGGGGAUCCUGAAGCCCGGAGUUCCCUGUGUGGUGGACAACACAAAUGACCCAGAAGUACUGGAAACCGUCAAACGCCAUAUUCAAGAACUGGGGAUUGAAUCAUCUUUCGUUUCUCCUACGCAGUGUCCGACACUGACACCCUACUUCAGAGACCUAGACCUCGAGCCCCACCAACAACAGAACCUGUGUUGCGCUGUGUCCGCCUUCAACCUUGCCGUGCCUCAUCUGGGUCCUUUAGCGAAGACGGAUGUUUUCUCGCUACUCCCAAAUCUUGCUAAUGUGCAUUGGCCUGGUCGCCUGCAAACCCUCGACCUCUCGCCACUUAUUGAUCGCACAAACACUCUGCUCGAUGGUGCCCACAAUGCGCAGUCCGCUGAGGUUCUUGGCCAGUAUGUGGACCGCAGGCUGCGGUUCGAGGGCAAGCCGGUCACCUGGGUAGUUGCUGCAUCGAGUGGGAAAGACCUGGCCGGGGUUUUUGGCUCCAUCAUCCGCCCUGGAGAUCGCGUUGCCACCGCCGAGUUUGGUCCCGUAGAUGGGAUGCCCUGGGUGCAGUCAACCAACGCCACCGAGCUUGCUUCUUCCAUCCAAGCCAUUCAAGAUAUUGGGAAAGUUCAGAGCUUCGAGGGUGAUCUACUACCUGCUCUUCAAUGGGCCAGCAAUGAGGCCCAAGAUGGACCUCUUGUCGUUGCUGGCAGCUUGUAUUUAGUCUCUGAUGUGCUGCGCCUUCUUCGCGAGGCUCAAAAAUGA